UGGGGUCCCUGUGGGAACACCGCCCCAACUUCUUGUCAGGAGAGGGAGGAAUCCGUCCAGGUUUUCAUCUUCUGUAGAAGACAGUGACUCGCCGGUGGCCUCACUUCUUUGAAAGGCGGUUAAGGAAUCCAGUCUCUUUGGGGAAGAAACAGGAAACCAUCCCUGAAAUAACUGACCAGUGGCGCCCUUUGACCCUGACCCCCAUCUUGUGAACCAUGACUCUCUCUCUCAAGGCCUGUUCUCAGCCUGAGGACAUCUUAGGAGGCCUGACUCCAGCUUUUCUGAGUCAUUCAGCCUCCACCAAAGUCAGGACCAUUGCUCUGUAUUCUCCCCUUUACAUGGAGCCUCCUACCUUGGCUUUCAUCCUUAUUCUAGAACUUUCCAAGGACUGGGAGAUUUUCCCAGACCCCGGAGUCCAGGCUGGUGUCUGGUGUUUUUGCUGUUUCUUUUCAAACCUGUUGUGCUGUCCAUUCCCAGGAUGGUCACAUGAUGCUGCUUCAGUGGCCCAUGAAGGUAACACUAAGUGUGAAUUUUCUAAUUCUUCCUCCUCAGACCCUCCAAAGACACACGUGACCCAUCACCCCAUCUCUGACCGUGAGGUCACCCUGAGGUGCUGGGCCCUGGGCUUCUACCCUGAGGAGAUUUCACUGACCUGGCAGCGUGAUGGGGAGGAUCAGACCCAGGACAUGGAGCUUGUGGAGACCAGGCCUUCAGGGGACAGAACCUUCCAGAAGUGGGCGGCCCUGGUGGUGCCUUCUGGAGAGGAGCAGAGAUACAUGUGCCGUGUGCAGCACGAGGGGCUUCAGGAGCCCCUCACCCUGAGAUGGGAACCUCCUCAGCCCACCGUCCCCAUCAUGGGCCUCAUUGUUGGCCUGGCUCUCUUGGUGGUCACUGGAGCCGUGGUGGCUGGAGCUGUGAUCUGGAGGAAGAAGCACUCAGGUAAAAAAGGAGGGAGCUACGCUCAGGCUGCAAGCAGUGACAGUGCCCAGGGCUCUUAUGUGUCUCUCACGGAUCCUAAAGUGUGAGACAGCAGCCUCGUGGGGACUGAGUGAUGCACGGUCCCACUUUGUGGCUUCGGAGCCCUUGACUCUUCUUUCUGCAGCUGCAUCUGAAUGUGUCUGUGAUCCUCAUAGCAUAAUGUGAGGAGGUGGGGAGACUGGCCCACCCCUGCCCACCACGACCCCUCCCCACCCUGACCUGUGUUCUCUUCCCUGAUCCACUUG